UUCAAAGAAAGAAAGAAAGAGUGAAGAAAACAAAAGCAAAAACCAGAAUGGAAUAAAAGUGGGUCUGGUCUGCUCACCAUUUUACUCUCUCUCCUCUCUGUCCAUCUGUCUCGCUCCUCGCUGGCUUCUCUCUGCAAUUCGAUGUUCUCAUCUCGCUGAGCUCUUCGCGAAUCUCCACCUCUGUAUACUAUCUCUCUUUGCCGAUCUCUCGUCGGGGGGUGUUUGUGGCGUGUUGCUUCACGAUCUCAUCAUCUCUAUUUGCAGAACCAAAUCUUUGGGGGUUUAGGGUUUUGUAUCUAGGCUCUGGAGAGGCUUAAUCAUCUUCUUGUUUGGCUGAAUCCGAGGCGCGUGCUUCGUCGUAGCUCAGAGAUUAACCAGCUAAACCGGGAAUUAUGAUUCCGAUGGACAAUUACUGCGUACCGAGCACCAGCACGACCGGUUUAGUAUAUCCGGCGAAUUCAAGCAUGGCUGCUGCUUCCUCUGGAUUCCACUUUACUGUAACUUCUCCUUCUAAGCUCAAACAUGAAGCUUCCUUGGCUGUCGAGUGGUCUGUUGAAGAGCAGUAUAUAUUAGAGAAAGGUCUCGCAAAAUUUAAAGGUGAACCACAGGUUACCAAGUAUGUAAAGAUCGCAUCAACUCUACCGGAUAAAAGCGUACGGGAUGUAGCAAUGAGGUGUAAAUGGAUGACGCAAAAACGGAGAAAAGGGGAAGAACACAGUGCCAGCACGAAGGUUAACUAUAGAAAGAUGGUGGAUUUACCCCCAAAACUGAACAUGUUCUCCACCGUGCCACACCAAAAUUCUACAUAUGUCAUGAACCAUAUGUGCCAGAGUGUACGCAUGCCUUUUGAAGGUUCAAGUGAUGCGGUCAUUGAGCUUCUACGGCAGAAUGCUCAUGCUUUCAGUCAAAUUUCUUCAAACCUUUCUGUGUCCAAGCCACAAGAUAACAUCAGCCUAUUUCAUCUGGCAAGAAAUAAUAUCAUUUCCAUCCUGAAUGACAUGAAGGAGAUGCCUGGUAUCAUAAGCCGGAUGCCACCACUUCCUGUUUCUAUUAACAAUGAUCUUGCAAGCAGGUUAAUGACGAGUACACCACAGACGAGAUCUUAUAUCAUUCCUUCGAGCAUCCAUCUGAAGCAGGAGCCAAGAAACUGAUGGAGCAGGAAACAUUUGAUUUUGACCAAUGCUUAAGGAAAUAAGCAAAACCCUUUUAUGUCUCAAAACAGAAAAGUCUUUUUUUUCCGGUGUGAAAAUGUUUAGGUUGUCAAUUCAAGAUAUGAUUCAUUGCACAGAUCAGUGGUAGAUUUGUUUGUAUAGAUUAGCUGUUUGUUUUGUUAGGGGUUUAGAUAAGAGUUAUGUACGUUUGUAAGCAGACAUCUUUUUUAAGGUUUGGUCUUCAAUCUU